CUUUUUUCUUUUCUUGGAUAUCGACCUCAGUCCUUUUUGUAUCUGGCGUACGCAUACCUAUCCAAUCCCCCUCAGUUCCUCGACGCAUGACUGUCAUCUCCCGAUUGCCCGUUGCUUCCUGUGUCCCGUGAUGGAUAGACGACGCCAUUUCCACGUCUGACAACCUCGAAUCUCGCAGAUCUGGCAAAGUCAAAUGGACGGGUGAACCUGGCAAAGCAACGACAAUGCGUCAAUUCGCAAACGUUUCCAUCUCACCAUGGACAAUUAACCCGUACACAGGCGCGGCGACCAAUACGUCCAAAAGCCCUUAUCAAACCGUACUGACGCCACAACCGCUAUAUAGGAGAGUCAUACUACCACCUGCGCCGGUUUUCUAUCAUGCCGACGUUGAACAAGUUGUCGAACCAAGUGAUGAUGACGAUGAUGAAGCGGGUCCGUCCGGAGCACCUCUUUCGAACCAGGAGACUAUAGCACCAGUCGUGGAAUCUCCAGCCGAAGACUCCAGCGCACCUCCAGUGCCUGAAGGGGGCGAGCAGACUGCGGACAGCACACCAGAACCACCGCCUGCCUCCGAGCCUGCGGGUUCCAGCGGCGAAGGGCAAACCGAGAAACCACUUUGUGAAGAGCCAGCGCAGGAAACUGUAGCUACUGGUGGCGAUGAGGCUUCUCCUGAGGUCACGAGUGAGCCGCCUGCGGAAAGUGGACAGACUGAAGAAGCUGGUAAAAUCGGCACAGGCAAUGCCAGCGGCGACUCAGUACCAGCAGAGGGCUCGCUCACUGUUGAAGAAGUUAUUCAGCCUGAUCCCCAGAGCACUGCCGAUGACAAGGAAGGGGGCGUAGCUGUAGCAGCUGAGAAAGCAACGUCCAUUGAAGUGCCUGAAGGCGCUCCCAAGGAAGCAUCUAACGCCGAUCCUGCGCCGGACCCGGUUCCUGUGACGAAGCCAGAGGAGCCAUCUGCCCUGCAAGCCGAGAAGAGUGGUGAGUCUGAGCUAGCGGUUCCACAAUCCCCCAAGCCUCACGCGGAGAAAUCUGUCCAUUUUUCGCCUGACGUCAAAGAUCCAGACGCCGCCGAUGGUACCAAAACCAAAGAUGAAGGGAAGAAGGGCAAGUCUAGUAAAGCAAAAGCUAAACCCAACGCUUUCAUCCGAAUCAAGCAGCCCCCACCGCCCCCAGCCGCAUCAUCCGUGAAAGAGGAUAAGAAGAAAGGUGUGGACAAGGGCCACAAGAAGAAGCACGACAAGGAAGCUACCCCUUCGUCCCCCAGUGAGGAAAAUAAGAAGUCACCAAGUAAGGACGAGAAGAAGAAAGUCGCUGAGAAGGAGUUCUCACCACCCCCGGCAUCAAAGAAGAAGCUCAGUAAAGCCGAAGAGCGAAAGCGGAAGAAGGAAGAAAAGAACAAAAAGGGCAAGGAGAAGAAGGGUGAUAAGGGAAAAGCAGGCUCGACAGUCAGUGCCGACAACAUCCCGGCUGCAGAGGAAGAUGCAAAGAGUGAUGCGCCUGAAAGUGCAGGAAGUGAACCUGCCCCGGAAGCGCAGCCAGAGCCGCCCGAAGUUGCGGAGAAGCCACCGUCUUCCGUGAAAGACCCUGCCGAGCAGGCUGCCGCCGACUCUCCAGAGCCUGAGCAAGCAGCUGCUGAACCUACCGAGGCACCCACCGAAGAGGUCGUACCUUGUCCGGAUUCGCAAAUAGCCCCUCCGGAAUCAUCUUCGGAUGCAUCAGCAGAUAACUUGGCAGAAGAAUCGCCAGAUGCCUCGCCAGAUGCCUCGUCAGAGCCACAACAAACUCCCUCAGAACCCCAAGACCUGCCUUCUGAAGCUCAGAGUACCACCCUUGAUACCUCAAAUCCACCUCCAAAACCAGAAGAUGAACCGAGGGAGGGCGAUAGUGGCGAGGUCCACCUGAGUGAGACAAUUGAAGCUGCUGAAGAAGUCCCCGAAGGAACUGAACAGUCUGUAGUGCUCGACGAAGCUCCUGCUGAAACUGACGAGUUCCCUGACAACUCUCCCGAGCAACAAGAAGGUUCCUCAGCGACCAAUGAUGUCCUCACGGAAAGCCCCGAUGCAGCAGUUGAAUCCAGAUCAGAGGGACAUACCGUUCAGCCGGAUGAAAAAGAUAAGGAUGUAGAAGAAUUAGUAGCAGACAUUGCUGCGGAAGCCGACAUCUCCGCGUCUCCCGCUGAGCAAGCGCCGUCGGUUCAAGGUGAGGCGGCAGAAGGCUGUCCUGAAGAUGCACAAGCCGGAGGGGACGCCACUGCAUCUGAAAACAGUGCUGCCAUAGACGUCGCAGCAGUGGAAACUGCGGAACUCACCGCUGCCACAGUUGAUGAUACCGCGGACGACGUCCAACACGAGAGUCCGGAAUCCACCGAUCCGGUGUUGGAAAAUCUUGACAUGGAUGCAACACCACCAGGUGCUGGGCCUGAAGUGGCGGCUGCCGACGCAGAAGCGGCUCAGGACACGCCUUGUGACGCAAGCGGUGAAGAAGAACUAGCAGCAGGUAGUGGUGUUGAUGAACAGAAGCCUGUCCGCGCCAGCGAAGAAGUUACUGUUCCCACUGAAGAAGUCACCGCCCCCGCUGAAGAAGCUGCUGCUGCCACUGAAGAAGUUAAUGCGCCCGCUGAAGAAAUUACCGCUCCCGCUGGAGAAGUUACUGUUCCCACUGAAGAGCGAACUGCUCCCACCGAAGAUUCUGCUGCUCCCACCGAAGAUUCUGCUGCUCCCCCUGAAGAAGUCGCGGGCCCCACGAAGGAAGUUGCUGCGCCCGAUGAAGAAGUCACCGCUCCCGCUGAGGAAGUUUCUGUCCCCACUGAGGAGGUUACUGCGCCCGCUGAAGAACCAGCUGUUCCCACCAGGGAUUCUGCUGCUUCCCCUGACGAACUCGAUUCCACUACUAUCCCUGCUGUUGAACCUACCGACGCUGCCGAACCUGCCGAACCUGCUGAAACUACUGCUCCUACGGAACCUGUUACUCCUGCCGACAAACCCGCUGCGUCUGCAAACGAGCCUGCUGUUACCCUCGACGAACCUGCACAAAACGAGGAGAAAAGCAACCUGACUUCGAAUGCGGGUGUGCCUCUAUCUUCGGAGUACAAACAGGAACCCAUGGUCGACGCCAGUUCUGAUCUUGCUGAUUCCAGCGAGGAGCCCGAGAAUGCCCAGUCGCAACCUGAACCAGAAGUGGCCUCCGAUUUGCCUCCUGGUAAGUAAGAUUCUAUCUUUGUUAGUCUUGUCCUGGUUUCAUUCCCUUGACUUGACUGGCACUCUGGUCACGUGGCUUCGGGCUUCGCCAAGUCCUUGUCGACGGUCUACCUAGGUACUAUGCCCAGGCAUAUGCAUGCAGGUUUUCUGCACCCACCACUAGCGCAUAUGCUGUCAUUGGGCUCACUAUCCGAUCGGGCACCGUCUUAUCUCAUCAACGACCCACUAUUCCGUUUCUGG